AUGAUCUAUGGACUAUGGUAUUUAGCAACUGGUCAAUCAUACAGAUCAUUGGCAUUUGACUUUCGGAUUUCACAUUGCACAAUAUCAACCAUUGUCAAAGAAGUUGUUUCAAGUAUCUGUGAAAAACUUGUACCAGUAUUUUUACCUUCACCAACAGAAACUUAUUUUAAAUCUUGGGCACUAGAAUUUUGGGAACGCUGGAAUUUCCCAAAUUGCGUAGGCGCCAUCGAUGGGAAACAUGUUCGAAUUGUAUGUCCAAAAAAAUCAGGUUCCCUAUUUUUCAAUUAUAAAAAUUACUUCUCCAUAGUUCUACUAGCAAUAGUUGAUGCAAAGUACAAGUUUUUAGCCAUCGAUGUAGGUUCGUAUGGAAAAGAAGGCGACAGCGGCAUUUUUUCUAAAUCAUCAAUAGGGAAACGAAUUUAUUCUGAACAGUUUGGGCUACCUCAAGCUUCUCAACUUCCAGGUUCCAACAAGUGUUUGCCAUUUGUCAUUGUUGGUGAUGAAGCCUUUAGGCUUCAUACUCAUAUAAUGAAACCAUACAAUAGAGCUCAAGCAAAAGAAGAUUUUGAAAAAGGAGUUUUUAAUUACAGAUUGUCUCGGGCACGACGAGUAUCGGAAAAUGCAUUUGGGCUACUUAGUCAAAUUUUUAGGGUAUUUUACACCCCCAUUGCAAUAAACCCGGACACGUGUGAUUCACUCAUAACUGCUGCAUGUUGCCUCCAUAAUUUAAUUAGGGAUGGAUAUGAAAGUACGAAUGUUCAAAAUAAUAUUCAUGAAGAGUUUGAAUCAAAUAACACAAUUAAUAAUAUGAUUCCAUUGGCAAGACACGGAGGGUUCGCAAACGCUGAAGGAUUUGAAGUGAGGGAUAGUUUCAAAUCUUUUUUUAAUAAUGAAGGACAAGUACAGUGGCAAUACAAAACUGUUUUAAGAUCAUAA